AUGUCAGAACCCACAAAAGAACCAACUACCGAAGAAACCAAGGCAGAAGAGCAAUUCUUUGACGACGAAGGAAAGCCUAUAUCCAAGAAGGCCUACAAGAAGCUCCAAAAGGAAAAGGAAAAGGCUGAAAGAAAGGCUGCUACUGCUGCCAAAUUAGCUGCUGAAAAGGCUGAAAGAGAAUCCAAGAAUGUUGAUAUCUCAUCCGACCGCUAUGGCAAGCUUCCUAUCAACCAGUCUAAGGAACGCCCAGGUGUCAAGUAUGAAGACAUUACUACCAUCAAUGGUUCUCGCGCCGGUGAAACCGUCACUGUGCGUGUCCGUGUCCAGACAUCUCGUGCUACUGGUGGUAAGAUGUGCUUUUUUGUCUUCCGUCAAGGCGUUGCCACCAUCCAAGGUAUCAUUACUGCCGAUGAAGAAAAGAUUUCGAAACAAAUGGUCAAGUUCUGUGUUGGUAUUACCCCUGAAUCUAUUGUUUUGGUCGAAGGCAAGAUUGUAAAACCAGUAGAGGAAGUCAAGAGCUGUACUAUCUCCUGCGCUGAACUUGCUAUCGAAAAGAUUCACAUCGUAUCUGAUGUUCAAGUUCGUUUGGCUUUCACUUUGGACGAUGCCUCUCGUGCUGAGAGCGCUUUUGAAGAAGAUGCUCAACUUGUCCGUGUCAACUUGGAUACACGUCUCAACAACCGUGUUCUCGAUCUUCGUACGACUACAAACCAUGCCAUUUUCCGAUUGCAAUCCGCUGUCUGUUUACUGUUUAGAGAGUUCCUUAUCGAGCGUGGUUUCAUGGAAAUUCACACACCCAAGUUGAUCGCUGCUGCUUCCGAAGGUGGUGCCAAUGUGUUCAAGGUUUCUUACUUCAAGUCAAGCGCUUUCUUGGCUCAAUCCCCUCAGCUUUAUAAACAAAUGUGUAUCGCUGCCGACUUUGGAAAGGUGUUUGAAAUUGCUCCUGUUUUCCGUGCUGAAGACUCCAACACACAUCGUCAUAUGACUGAAUUCAUGGGUCUUGAUAUGGAGAUGGCAUUCAAUGAACACUACCAUGAAGUCUUGGAGGUAUUGGAAGACCUCUUUGUUUACAUCUUCACCAACUUGAAGAACCGUUUCAAGGACGAGAUUGAAACAGUCAAGAGACAAUAUCACUUUGAAGAUUUCGAAUUCUUGCCCAAGACGCUUCGUCUCAAGUUUUCUGAAGGUGUUCAGAUGUUGAGAGAAGCCGGUGUUGAAAUUGACGAUUUUGAAGAUUUGAGUACAGCCAACGAAAGAUUGUUGGGUAAGCUUGUUAAAGAAAAGUAUCACACUGACUUCUAUGUCCUCGACAAGUUCCCCUUGGCUGUUCGUCCGUUCUACACAAUGCCUGAUCCUAAUAACCCUGGUUAUUCCAACUCUUAUGAUUUCUUUAUGCGUGGUGAAGAAAUCUUGUCUGGUGCUCAGCGUAUUCAUGACGCUGAACUCUUGACUGAACGUGCCAAAUUACAUGAAGUUGACCUUUCUACCAUUCAACCUUAUAUUGAUGCUUUCAAGAUUGGUGCACCACCUCACGCCGGUGGUGGUAUUGGUUUAGAACGUGUUGUCAUGCUUUACCUUGGUCUUGGUAACAUUCGUCGCUCAAGCUUGUUCCCUCGUGACCCUAAGCGUUUGGAGCCUUAA